ACGUGGCAGAGGCGGCACCAGCCAUGUUGGCGGGGCCGAGGUCCUCCAGGAGGUCGGGGGCGGGGCGGCGCCGGCCCUGAUUUUAGUGCCACGGUUGGUCCUGCCGGGUGGAGGGGACUGACUUUGCCAGGACAAGGCUGCGACAAGGGCGGAUCUCGUAGGAGGGGUAGUGUGCAAUAACAAUCAAGCUUUACAAUGACAACCUAUUUGGAAUUCAUCCAACAAAAUGAAGAACGAGAUGGAGUUCGAUUUAGUUGGAAUGUUUGGCCAUCAAGUCGACUGGAAGCUACAAGAAUGGUUGUUCCAGUUGCAGCCCUCUUUACACCACUGAAGGAAAGGCCUGAUUUACCACCCAUUCAAUAUGAACCUGUUUUGUGUAGUAGGACUACUUGCCGUGCAGUUUUGAAUCCUUUAUGUCAAGUGGAUUAUCGAGCAAAACUCUGGGCUUGCAACUUUUGUUAUCAAAGGAAUCAGUUUCCACCUACUUAUGCUGGGAUAUCUGAACUGAAUCAGCCUGCUGAACUUUUACCUCAGUUUUCUAGCAUUGAAUAUGUAGUUCUGCGUGGUCCACAGAUGCCUUUGAUAUUCCUCUAUGUGGUUGAUACUUGCAUGGAAGAUGAAGAUUUACAAGCCUUGAAAGAAUCCAUGCAGAUGUCAUUAAGUCUCUUACCACCUACAGCUUUGGUUGGACUUAUUACUUUUGGGAGGAUGGUGCAGGUUCAUGAACUUGGAUGUGAAGGCAUUUCAAAAAGUUAUGUCUUUAGGGGAACAAAAGAUCUAUCUGCCAAACAACUGCAGGAGAUGCUGGGACUCUCUAAAGUACCAGUCACCCAAGCAACACGUGGUCCUCAGGUACAGCAGCCACCUCCUUCCAAUAGAUUUUUACAGCCAGUUCAGAAAAUAGACAUGAAUCUCACAGAUCUCCUGGGAGAACUUCAGCGAGACCCUUGGCCUGUGCCACAGGGAAAGAGACCUUUGCGUUCCUCGGGAGUGGCACUUUCCAUAGCUGUAGGACUACUUGAGUGUACUUUCCCCAACACUGGUGCUCGUAUCAUGAUGUUCAUUGGUGGUCCUGCUACUCAGGGACCUGGAAUGGUGGUUGGAGACGAAUUGAAGACACCUAUAAGAUCAUGGCAUGACAUUGAAAAAGACAAUGCCAAAUAUGUUAAAAAGGGAACCAAGCAUUUUGAAGCAUUGGCUAAUCGAGCUGCUACAACUGGUCAUGUUAUUGACAUCUACGCGUGUGCAUUAGAUCAGACAGGUCUCCUGGAGAUGAAAUGCUGUCCCAACCUUACUGGUGGAUACAUGGUAAUGGGUGAUUCUUUCAACACAUCUUUAUUCAAACAAACUUUUCAAAGAGUCUUUACCAAAGAUAUGCAUGGACAAUUUAAAAUGGGCUUUGGUGGUACAUUAGAAAUAAAGACUUCAAGGGAAAUAAAGAUUUCAGGAGCAAUUGGACCCUGUGUGUCUCUCAGUUCCAAAGGACCCUGUGUAUCUGAAAAUGAGAUAGGAACGGGUGGCACUUGUCAAUGGAAGAUAUGUGGACUCAGUCCCACUACAACCUUAGCUAUAUAUUUUGAGGUUGUUAAUCAGCAUAAUGCUCCAAUUCCUCAAGGAGGACGUGGUGCAAUCCAGUUUGUUACCCAGUAUCAGCAUUCAAGUGGGCAGAGGCGCAUCAGAGUGACCACCAUUGCUAGGAACUGGGCAGAUGCUCAAACUCAAAUCCAAAACAUCGCUGCAUCUUUUGACCAGGAGGCAGCUGCCAUUCUUAUGGCCCGGCUAGCAAUAUAUAGAGCAGAAACAGAGGAAGGACCAGAUGUGCUCAGAUGGCUGGACAGACAGCUCAUUCGAUUGUGUCAGAAAUUUGGAGAGUAUCACAAAGAUGAUCCAAGUUCCUUCAGAUUUUCAGAAACUUUCUCUCUUUAUCCACAGUUUAUGUUUCAUUUAAGACGAUCUCCUUUCUUGCAAGUUUUUAACAAUAGUCCCGAUGAAAGUUCGUAUUAUCGUCAUCAUUUUAUGCGUCAAGAUCUGACCCAGUCUCUAAUCAUGAUUCAGCCUAUUCUGUAUGCAUAUUCUUUUAGUGGACCACCAGAGCCGGUUCUUCUUGAUAGCAGCAGCAUUCUUGCAGAUCGUAUUCUUCUCAUGGACACAUUCUUCCAGAUUUUGAUUUAUCAUGGUGAGACUAUAGCACAGUGGCGGAAGUCAGGAUACCAAGACAUGCCAGAAUACGAAAAUUUCCGUCACCUUCUGCAAGCCCCAGUAGAUGAUGCACAGGAGAUCCUUCACUCCAGAUUUCCAAUGCCAAGAUAUAUUGACACUGAACAUGGGGGCAGCCAGGCUCGUUUCCUGCUUUCAAAAGUCAACCCUUCACAGACUCAUAAUAAUAUGUAUGCCUGGGGGCAGGAGUCUGGAGCACCCAUCCUCACAGAUGAUGUUAGUUUACAAGUGUUUAUGGAUCACUUGAAGAAACUUGCUGUGUCAAGUGCUGCUUGACAUAUGAAACAUGUUAAAGACACUUAAGAAGAUGAAAUAUUUCAGUUUCAUUUUUUUCCCUUUUUCAGUUUGUCUGUGGAAACCAACAGAUCUCUCUAAACUUUUUUUUUUGUAUCAGUAUGGUUUGAGAAAACAUAAAAAUGUUCACGUUUGUAGAUAAAGCUGGAAUAUAAUGAGAGCAUUGAGAACAAAUUUGUUUUGCUUGCCACAGUAUUAUAACUGGUUUUAGAAUUUCAAAGUCUUUAUAACUUAAUUAUGUUUAAGAGUAAAAAUAGAGUCUGCCUUGUACAACAGAUAUAACUUAUUUGUAUAUUGCAGACAAAUCCAAAGUGGCACUGAAUAUCCUCACUGACCUUUUAAAAACUUAUUUAAUUUUAGCCAGAAAGGAACAAAUCAAUAGUUAUGAUAAAUGUGAACAUUUUUUCUUAUUUGUUGAAUUUUUUUUUUAGUGAUUUUCAGCACUUACGCAUACACUUUUUCCUGUAGUUUUUCUGGUAACGCAGACUUAUUUAGAAAUUAUCUGACUUUAUAAUGGCAAUUUUCAUGAAGAUAAUUUAAUGUUUUUGAUUAUUUGGAAAAAUUAUUUAGAGAUGAAAAAUUUUGGUGGGGGUAACAUUCCCACAAAUGACAAUAAAUGUGAAAUUCCUACAAAGUACCUAACUUAUGUGACUAACCACAAUAAUUUCUUUUUAAAAAGGAUACAGAAAAUAAAGCAUUUGGUUAGAGUACAUAAAGAAAGCCUUUGCAGUAAAAUGACUAUUGUAACUACUAAACCAAAUUUGGUUUUCACUACUCAUUUUGUUGUUUUCCCUUCUUUUUCUGUGGUAAAUUUUACAUUAUAUCCUUCAGUAUUUUAACACUAUUUUGGGAGUUUACAUUUCUUAUUUCUGCUUCCUUUGUGUGAACUUUAUUAAGUUGUGGCUCUUAUUGAAACAGUAUUAUAUAAUGUUUAAUUAUGUCACCUGAUGAUACUUAGUUCUGUUUUGAUUUAUUCAUCAGUAACGUUCGCUUUUACCUUUUAAAGUUUACUUAUAGCAGAUGUUUACAUUGCUAAAGCAGAUAUGUUUUGACAAUGAAAUUUACAUAUCAAGUACUGCAAAUGAAAGAUGGUGCGCUGAUAUAUGCUUAGAAAGACAGUUCUGAUGAUUGUUACUUGCAUGAACACAAUCAUAUGAUGGUAAAACAGAAAACUUAUAAUUGUUAUAUUCAGUUUGCUUAAGUAAGUUCCAUUUUAUUUGAAUUGAACUGUGCUAGACCAAAAUGCCAAUAAAAUAUACUUUUCUCUGUG